AUGGCGCAGCAGGCCAUGUACGAACAGAUGGUGUUCCCCACCCGGUUCAUGUGGGGCUACGGCGGCAAGCAGGUCCACUUGUGCGGGUCGUUCACCAACUGGCUGGAGACGGUGCCGAUGGCCCCCGAGCCCGCGCCCAACGGGGGCAGCGUGUUCGCGGUGGUGUGCAACCUGCCGCCGGGGUACCACCAGUACAAGUUCAUCGUGGAUGGCGAGUGGAGGCACGACGAGAACCAGGCGUUCAUCCAGGAUCCUUUGGGUAACGUCAACAACUGGCUAUUCGUGAAGAAGCCCGGCUCGGGCGGGGAGGCCACCGGCCAGGGCAUUCCCAUCCCGCAGGCCAGGCAGAGCGGCCACGACGGGGGCAUGGACUGGAUCGGUUCCAGCAUGAACAACAUGCAAAUCAAGAGGGACUCGGAGGGGCACCUCAAGGGCGGAGACCAGGGCACGUCCGCCAUGGGCGUGAAGGGGGUGAAGGGCGCCGGCGGGCAGGACGCGAGCCGCGCGCGAGUGCUCGAGUUCCUCCAGAGGCACACCGCGUACGAGUUGAUCCCGGAGAGCGCCAAGGUUGUCGUGCUGGACACCAAGCUGCCGGUGCGAAAGGCGUUUCACGCGUGCUACGAGCAGGGCAUCACCGCGGCGCCGCUCUGGGACGAGCACCAGCAGGAAUUCGUGGGGAUGCUCUCCACCGGGGACUUCAUCGACAUCGUCCAGUCCUUGGGCCCCUCGCUCACGGCGCCCAUCGGCGACGAAGAACUCGACAAGGCGACCAUCGCGUCCGUCCGAGAGGAACGCGCGGCGGAGAGCGGAGUACGACCCGGCCCGCUCGUCUCCGUCCGACCCGAGGAUUCGUUGCACCUGGUGUCUUUAACCUUGUUGCAGGGGCGGCUGGCGAUGGCGCCGGUGCUGAGCUACGGGCCGCAGGUGCCGAGGGGCGCGACGCCCAGCGCGACGCCCGCGAGCUCAAAGGAGGCGGGCUUGGGGGACGCGAGGGGGGGCGCCGGGACGAUGGGCGCGGGGCCGUACGCGGGGGUGCCGCAGCUGCUGCACCUGACGAACCUGGCGGAGGUGCUCGCGUGCCUGGUGCGGCACUUUCGCGGGGUGCCGUCCGCGUUGCCGCUGUUUUCGCAGCCGAUUGGCGCGCUUCCCAUCGGCACCUGGACGGCGUCGCUGGGGGGUUUCCGGGGAUCGCAGAGGCAGCCCGGCGGCGGGGGUAACCCCGCGGCGGGGGUGGACGGGCGGGACCCGUCGUCGGCGAUGGCGGCGGCCGCGGCGGCGUCUCCGGUGCCCGCGCUGCUGCCCAUCAAGGCGAUCACGCCGAACUCGACCGUGGCCGAGGCGUUUAGGCUCAUGCCGGGGUGCGGAGCGCUGCCGGUGGUGGACGAGAGCGGGCGGCUCGUGGACGUGUACGCGCGCUCGGACGUGAUACUCCUCGCCGCGAACAACACGUACCGCCGAGUGUCCCUCUCGGAGUUCACGGUGGGCCAGGCGCUCGCCGCGGCGGCGGCGCACACUCCCGAGGCUCAGGCUGCGGCGCAGGCGGCGGCGGCGGCGGCGGCGGCGGCGGCGGCGGGGGUGCCGGUGCCGCCGGUGAUGCCCGCGCCGGCGGGCCCGCGCGCGCACACGUGCACGCGGGCGGAUACGCUGCGGGCGGUGGUCGAGGCGCUGUCGCUGCCCGGCGUGAGACGGCUCGUCAUUGUGGACGCUCAGACGCAGCGGGUCGAGGGCGUGGUGUCGCUGUCCGACGUGGUCAGCUUCCUGCUCCCGUCGUGA